AUGAAAGCGGAGGCUAGGGGACGGUUUUGGUUCCCGGGUGUAGACGUAGCGCUGGAGCGGCUGGCGGCUGCUGGCGGCGUGUGCCUCAAUCUCAAAAAAACCUCAUCUGCAAGAAGAGCCUGGUCCCUGUUAUUUAACUCACUUUUGAGUUCCUCCACUGCAGCUUCCAACUUAACGAUGUCAGCAGAGCCGGGAACGGUUCUUACGCUCUCCAGUUUAUUUUAUCUGAUGGUGCUAAUCGACAGCCACACUAUAUCUAAAAGUGUAACAGAUGAAGAUACAACGGACGAAGUCGAUGACAGUAUACGCGGACGAGAGCACCCGCAUCCGCGUGCACUGCACGACGCCAGACCACGUCACCACUGUACAAGAGAGCACACGUCAACUAGCGAAGCGACGCAAGAAAAACCCAAGGCAGACAAACAUAAGGAUGAAAUAAAAUAUGAAAACGGUAUAAUAAAAUCCCACAAAUCUACGAAGAAACAUAGUCUCUUUGGAUUUUGGAGAAAGAACCACAAGAAAAUAAAAAAGAAAAGCAAUAAACAACACUCCAUUACAGUAGUCGAAAGAACAACGUACCCAACUUAUAAUAAUGGCAACAAUAAAUAUAUACCUAGGAAUACGUAUCAAAAUUACAAAUCUCCUAGAAUGUAUGAGAAACAAACGAGAUUCUUGAUGGAAAAUUCUCAGAAUCAUUUAAUGAAUAUAGAGAAGAGAAAGCGCGAAGUGAGUAAACAAAAUAUAUAUAUAAAGAACGCAGUGUCUGCUGUGCAAACGGAACUAUCUCCUUAUUAUUCUGGAAAACCUGAUAUCGAAUUUAAUAUAUCCAGUAUUAUGACUCACCAGCCUGUAACAAAUCAACCUAUAACAGCACAAUGUAAAAAUAAAAACCUUUUAGCAGCAGUUACCACAAAAUUGUAUGUAACAAAAAAUAUGUACGCUAAUGACAAUUAUACGAAAUUAAACAAUCCCGUUAAAAUUUUAAAGGAGAUCCAACCAAAUAAAGAAACUUCGACAUUGGCCACUACGAAGAAAAUUACAACAACGACAGAGAAUGAUGUCCACUUUUUUGGAACGGCACAAAUUGAAGCUAUGCUUAAUGAGAUAAAAAUAAAGGCCAUGAAAAUGGUCUCUGAACAAAACCCAGCUGUUACCAAUUUUAUUUCAAAUACAGUAAUAGAAGCUACUUUUGAGGCUGAUCCUAUUCUUAGACACAUAGAAGUCGGCAGACCGAAUUAUACUUCAGGUCCAAUUAUAUCAUUCAGUUCAAUUGGGAAUGAUAUUAAUAAACGCACCGUAUAUACGACUGAGCCUAUUCAGGUAAAAGUUAUAAACGAUUCUAUUUUUACAAACAAAGAUGCUACACACGUCGUUGCAGCUCGAUCCGUUCAAGAAGAGAUAUUUACAAUAGCCCACAAUAUAGAGGAUACGAUAAAAAAUAAAAUUAAAAAAGUUUAUAAAAAAGUAAAAAACAGAGUCUCUUCUGAUUUUAAAAAAGAAAUGAAAGUAACGAAAACAACUUUGGAAAAAAAAUCCCACAAACUUGCAAACAAAUUCACAAAAAGUAAAAAAACGACUAAACCUAGUUUAUUAACGAGAAGUAAAUCUAAGGCAAAGUCAUCUAAGAUGACUACACCACGUUUAUGUCGUGGCACAAGUAAAAGUAUUAAUAUUGCGAAAAUGACCAACAAAGAGUUAGGUCCCACGACAAAUUCUGCGCCAUUUGAUGAUUAUAACAUGUUAUCAUUAUAUGAACAGAUAUUAAGCAAAACUCAUCAAGAUAAUGUAAUGAAAAUGCUUGCUACUACUGAAUUACCUAUUGCUAAAAGGAAAUACGAUUCUAAACUGUCUAAACGAAGUCUCGGGUCAAAUGCAAGUCUGAAUAUAAAAAAUGUAAUGAACAAAAUUGAUGAAAACAACGGUGUACCAGAUGAUUUCCUUUAUUAUAACAGCAAUGAAGAGACAGAAAAGGUACCAAUGUUAGAACCUGAUUAUACUUCAAAAAGUACUACAGAAUCUACUGGCGAAAAUACAAGCUAUGAAGGUCUUAGCAAUAAAUUAUCUUACAAAGAGUAUGUAAACGGUUACAAACACUAUUUGAAAUAUCAAAAGGAACAAGGAAAUGAAAAGUUCUCCAAUCUGGUUCGUUACCAAGCUCACAGACAUCAUAAUGUUGAUGACAUUGGAAAGUAUAUAUUAAAUAAAAUACCUCAAGUCCCUCUCAAUAGAUUGGGUAGAAAUAUAUUUGAAGAGAUGGAUACAAUCGACGAUCAAGAUAUUUCAACGAAAAGUGACGAUUCAUGGUUUAAGAAACAUUUUUACUUCUUUUUAGACAAAGGUCCGUCUAAAAAAUUUCACACAUCACAGACUAUUAACUUGAAGUCCUCUGUAACACAAUCCAACGACAUCCAAGACAUACCAACGACAAUAAAUACUUUGAAAAGAGAGAAACUUAAAAACAAAGCUAUAGCUGAAAUUGCUGAUACUGUAAAAAGUGGUGGUAAGAAGGAUACAAUAUCUACAAAUCUAGAAGAAUUGUCGAAUUCCUUGAACGAUUACGAAACGACAUUAACUUAUAAUAAUUUACCAUUUCAAGAAAGAACACCCGAAAUGAAUGUUUAUGAUGAUAUUUCGAUUCAGAGAAAUUUUGCAUUACCGACAGAAAGCACUUUCACGUCAAAAGAAUUCAUGCCCCAAAAGAUAAUCGACAAAUUUUUUGGCAACAAAGAAAAAAAACGUUUAGAUAAUAAACGGACUCAAAAUAUACAUUUUAAUGAAGAUAUAAAAAAAGUUAAAAGACACAGCAAUAAAAAUAACAGCCUUAAGAAAGAUUUUGGGUAUGCUGAUACAACUUUAGUGACACAACCUACGGUUGUUCUCGAAUUGAGACCUAAUAAUGGAGACAAAAGUAUUAGACAUUUUUUCAAGAAUAUUCGCUUUUCUAAACUUCAAAAGAAAAAUGACAACAGUAAGAAAAGAGAUAAACGUCAGUACCGAUAUAGACAACAAAGAUUUUAUCCUUUUAAUAAACUGAAGCAUAUGUUUUCAAAAGCCAAUAGAAAUAUAAGUUUGAACACAAACAUUGACGAGCAAGAUGACGAAAUUAUGAGAUCACACAUAGAUACUUUUAAACCAGUAAAAUACAAUAAACUUCCAUCUAUAGAGGAUAUGAAAAGUCAAAUCCCAAAUAUUUCCAACCAAGAUUACGCAACUAUUGGAGUAGCUGAAUAUUUAAAAUAUAAUUCAAAGCAAUCAACAACAAAACAGUUUCUGCCGAAUACCUUCCAACAUAAAUUUAUGCCCGAAUUUGAUCCGAACAUUCGCGAAAUAUUCCCGAUUCCGGAACAUUUCGAUGUGACAACUGAAGGAUUUGCUCACCCUUACGAUCCCGAUGAGACAUCACUGCAAAAACAAACAAGCAUAAUAACACCGAUAUCAUCCAAGAUGAAGUUUAAUAAGGACAAAGAAAACAAACAACGUCUAAAUGAUGACACAAUAGACGUAGAUAUUAAAACUGUAUUUCCUACAGUUGAUACACUGAAGAAUAAUGUUAAUUCUGAAGAAUCUACGGUAGUCACAACUAUGGACCAUAUUAAAGAUGAAAUAAAUAAUAUUGAAAUGAAAUUAUCAGAAUAUAACAAACCUUUAAUAUAUACCACAGAACCUUCAUUAAUUUCUGAAUUUACAACGGUCCCGUUUUAUAAUAAAAAGAUAGAUUCGAAAGAACUUGAUAACGCAGAAUUAACGGAUCAUAGAAAAAUGACAACUUCAAUGCCAACCGCAGAACCUAAAUUGGGUUCCGAAUUUACAAAUUCCUACGUUAAAGAAACAACCAUGAUACCCUUUCACACGAAAAAGAUAUAUUCGAAAGAAUUCGAUGACGAAGAAUUGACAGUUCAUACAAAACUGACAACUUUAAUAUCUACCACAGAAUCUACAUUGAAUUCAGAAUUUAUAGACUCCUAUGUUACUGAAAGAAGAAUAGUACCCGUAGUUCAAAAGAAGAAGAUAAAUUCGAAAGGAUUCCAGAAUGGAGAAUUGACUAUUCAUACAAAAUUAACGAGGAUAGCAAAAAUUCCGUUACCUUAUAUCAAAACUAAUUCUAGAGAUGAAAUUGACUUAGCCAUUAAUAAUCACCGGAUAUCUUCGCUGUUGGAUGACAACAUCGUAUUCAAUCGCAGUGAGCCGAUAAACACGGUAGUAAAAUUUGGUGAUAACAGUAUUUCUGAUAAUAACUCACGAAAGGAAAGUGCUAAUUUGACAUUUAAUCAUUCAGAUUUAAAAAGAGAUUCGGAUUUCCACAAAUAUGACAAACCUUAUCCAGAUCAUUUCAAUGACUUAUUGGUAUGGCACAAUGACAUUUUAAACACAGACAGGAUCACAAGUCCAAGCUGGGAGAUUCUCUUGAAAAACAUAAAGCAACAAACUGAUUAUACAGGACCCAAUUUAAGAUAUUUGCAAAAAGAAGUGGGUUUAAUUAGAGAAUAUUUAAAAAAUCAUGCUCUAGCCAAUUCAUCCAAUACUAAUGAAUACGAAACUUUCUACGAAAUUAAUGACAAUAAAGUAAAAUAUAAAAAAAUGAUUGUACCCAAAAGUAUUUUAAAAACGUUGGGUGUCGAUGAUAAAACUGAUUAUAGAUAUCGUCCGAAACAAUAUUUAAAAGCUGUUAAUUCAAUUAGAGAUUUGAACAGGUUACAACUGAAACGUGGCUUGACGCCUCACAAUACUACAGGAGUUCGUGGUUUCAAAAGAAAUGGAGAAGAAUUAAUAUCUAACACUGAAUUAAAACCAGUUACUGUUGACAAAGAAAUUGAUGACGAUACAACAGUUCUAGUCGACACCACACUUUUAGCGUACGAUGACGCCAUGACUAAUGCUAUGAACAAUAAACAUCAGCCGUCGUCAUCGUUUCGCAAAUUAAAUAAUUUGUCACUUAAAAAUCCUGUUGGACUACACAAGACGAAACAUUUGCUAACACCAGUUAGCAAAAUGAAUCAUCCACCGCCUCAAUAUUAUAGCACACCUCUGCCAAUGAGAACGUAUGAUUUUGAAAAGUUUCUAAGGGACAAUCAGUUGGAUGUUGAGUCAGUCACUACUCCUAUGAUGGGGUUGCCAUCUGCACUGACUUUGCUGAAUAAUAGAAGAUCUUCAAAGGUUACCACACACAAGGGUAGUUCUACAAGUAAACCAUUGAAGGACUCUCUUAUAACAGACGUAUUAACAUUUUGUCGAGCAACAGCUGAAACGAAUGAAAUGCAAUCCACACUUAGUACUGGCAUUAUAAAACCUAUUAAUGUCACAAAACAUAAUCUAAAGUCCGAUUUAUAUAAUGUUCAUUACGAUGAACUAAAAGAGAAUGACGACAUUUAUGAAUCUUUAGAUGACAGAAACAAAAUAUACAACGAUGUCUAUGAUUAUAGUCCUAUUUCAUAUGCUACCUACCCGUCAAGUAAAAAAUCAGCAAAAAAGAAAAAUAAAAAGAAAUAUUACAAUAAAUUUAAACUUUUUAAUAAGAACAAUUAUGGAAAAGUAGAUCCAGUAUAUAAAGAGGAUCCCUAUAUUGGGAUUACUUCGUUAAUACAUGAAAAUGAUGAUAAAAACGUUGAGAUAACGAUAAUAAACUUAGACAAUGAAUCAACAUCAAAUAUAUACUCGGGUAGUAAACAGAACGAACCCAAAACCAAAAUAACCCAGGUUACCACUACACCAAGGAAACAACAUGGAACUAAUGACAAUAAUUUAAAGAGAAUCCACAAUAAGUUGUUAUAUGAUGAGAAAAGUACACCGUUUUUAGAAAAUGCAAUUGUGGAAAAGAAGACUACUUAUAUUGAACCUUCGUUGAGUGCUCAUGAGCCUCUCCAAUUACUUUUUAAUCAGUUGGGGUCACUGAAGCGUGCUGUUCCACCAAAAAGGGUUCAAACUAACAGUCACAGCUGCACAUACGAUUUCAUUUAUAACGACCCUCGACAGGAUGUGAAAUACGUGCCCAAGCCUCGAGUCCACCAAACACGAUUUGCGAGGGAUCCAUUUCUUGAUAAAUUUCAACACAAACUGCAGUCAUAUUUCAAAAAGUGUACGACAGCCACCACUGAGGCCGGGACCACCACUGACCACGCCACGGACACAAGUCGUGUGCCAGAAACUACAAAGUGGAGGAAAGAUCGCUGUAAUAGAACUAGCGAGCCGGCUGAACAAGACAAUCAUGAGACCACACACAGUGCGCACACUGACACUUACUGUGACCUACUGUUACCAGACGGUCACUUGAAGUCGGGACACGAUUUUGUUGCAGACGAUAUCCUAUUAGAUAUUACAACUAUUGAACCAGAAGCGGUUUUACUAACAAAAAUGAAAGCAACGAAAGAUAAGGAAAAAUCUGGAGCCGAUGCCAUCUACAUGGAAGCUACCGAGACAUAUACGGAAGUAUACUACAAACCGUACAUUACUAAGAAACAUAAAAUGGUAUUACAAAAUAAAGAAAGAAAAACCACAACGACUUUAAAAACUACAGAUACUUCUAGAAACACUAAUAAAGUAAACAAACCAAAAAAUCUCUCCAUGGAAAAAGCAAAGGCUUUAGUAAAACAAGUCAAAAGAAAUGUAUCUACGCAGAAAAGCUAUACAGCAAAAAAUGUAGCAGCAUUAGAAGUAAUUAUAGAUUUAGUUAGGAAUACAGAAUCCUACGAAGAAAAAGAAGAACUGAAGCCGAACCCCAAUAGAUUUAUUCAAAAUGUUAGAACAGAAACUACUGUGUUUCCAGAGUAUGCUGUUGGAACGAAUGCGAUACAAGUGCACAUAGCCAUUCCGUACAACCUAAAAGACGAUAAAAAGAGGUCAUCAGACUUUCAUAAAAUUCGGAAAAUUUUCGCGGCCAAAAUGUCUACACCGGUUGAUUUAGAAUAUCAGGUAAAUUCUUUUGAAAAUCAUUUAACAACGGAUACGGUGAUAGAUGAACCUCUGUCAUCAGGUGCUUACUUAUUGAUCAAUAAUGGCAAUGGAAAUUUUGCACUUAAAUCGAUUACAAGAUAUCAUAAUAAUUCUAAUAUUAAAGUUAGACAAGCCGAAGUAACUAAAACUACUAUGAUUAAUCAAAAUAUUGAAACUACCAGUUCAACUAAAAAUUUGGGUAAAGUUACAUUAAGUAAAGAUAUUAUAGCAGCAGUGAAUAAGCAUUUAGUAGAACUGUAUGAAAACUUAACCGAUUUGAAUAACAAAAGUAUAACCAAUCACAAUGUAAAGGCCAGAAAUACUGAAAACUACAUUAAAACGAGAAACAUGACAAUAUGCAGACGACAUAUCGAUUGGAAAGCUCUAAAGAAAUACUUCUCUAAUGAAAGAGUAUGUAGUUGUCGUUGUAAAGCUAACCGUACAAUGUGCAGAGCUUGUGCUGCAAGUGACGCAGUAAUAUCUGAAUUAAUAUUUGAAUUUAAUAACAUUGCUCAAUACAUGAAAGAUCAUUGUACUGAAAUCCAAACAUACUUUUGGAUGAAUCCAAGUGGUGGCAAGAAAUUAAGAGAUACGGUACAUAAAGUGGAUAAAAGUUUACAAGACUAUUACAAAAGAGUUAAAGGAAAGUGCCAAGGACGCACUUGUAAAACAUUUUCAUCCUAUAUAGAUAAGCGUGCUUUUGUGAAGCAAAAGAAAUUGUGUAAAGAUUACAUCGGAAAUCCACUUAUACAAGAUUUGCAGAUGCUAUCGGACGACUUGGAAAAUAUAUCUAAAGUAAAUGUGUGUCUUGAUGAAAAAUUAAAAGCAGAAAGUAAAUUGCUCUUGACCGCCGUAAAAGACUGCAUUUCUAAAACAUCACAAAAAAGGUCUCCUAUUAGUGCAACUACGGACCAAAAACCAAUUAAACAUGUGUAUUCACUCGAUAACAUUAACGUCAACAUCAUAUGCGAUCCAUCGGCUACUAAUCUCUCGGAGAAUUCUUAUGUAACCACUGAGACCUCGAUGAACAAUAUAAUGACAGACAUGUUCGAUUAUUAUAUAAACAAUCAUAAAGAAACUGACAAAAACUUUUUAAAACAUCUAUUUUCUCGUUGUAAAUCUAAACAUAAAAAACAUUUGGCAAUAAGACCAAACUAUAAAAGAGAAGUUCAACCAGAGCAAAUUGAAAUUCCGUUAAUAGCAGAUACUGGGGGAUCAUUUUGGUAUGAUUAUAUUAAUAAGAGAAAUACGUUUGAUCCCAGAAUAGUGAGACAAACUAAAACAGAUGCUAACGGUACGAAUGGUAAUUCUCAAAAUAAAAUCGAACAAGAAACAAAUAACAACCUCAUUUCAACUAAAAGUAACUCUUCAACUAAACAAACACAACAUAAAAGUACAAUGGCCGCCGCAGAGCAAAACAAGAAUACACUAACAACUAAUAAUAAUAGAGCAGGAGAAACAAAAAUUGAUGAUAAACUUUAUCGAACGGAUUCUUCAGUAAACACCUUAAGUUUUGACAUGAAUAAACUUUUUAAAAUAUUUAGUAAUCUUACAGAUUUGAACAUUGACAAUAUUACAGAACCAUCAAAUUCAAACUUUCAGACGAAUCCAAUAUCGAUACAGACAAUUACAACUAGUAAUACGAAAAAUAUCCUUAAAUUGCACGAAAAUGUUAAAGAAAUAGAAAAUAAAUCACAUUAUAAAACUAAUACAAAGAAAAUGUCACAUAAAGCUACAACUACAAAAAGCACAAAAACUGCCACUACUAAUCCGACUAUUCCAACAGGCACAUCGAAAUCAAUUAAACCAAGCCCUAAUGUGAAUACUAAUAGAACCAAACCUACAGCUAUAAGUACAGAGUUACCAUCAUCAAGCAUAAAGGAACUAAAUCCGAAAUUGACAACCACAGGUACUUUGUUCGGAAAGCUUAAACUCGCUACAGUAGACUUUAUCAAUAGUAUAGGAAAAGAAAAUUAUGUUAUUGACAAUACUGCAGUAAAUACAACUAAAAUUAAACCUGUUAAUGAAAAAUUUGAACUGACAACACCGCAAAUUAACAUAAAUACAAUUACUAACUCCAAACUAACUGUUACAUCAGAAACGGAUGAAUAUAUUAUUACGACUACAUGUGCCCCGACGUUAGUAAUGAACGAAUAUUAUGAAAAAUUAGAUUCAAAUGUAGACAGCAAUGAACAUGUUGCAACUGAGAAUGUCAUUGAAAAUAUAAAUGACUCCAACACGAAUUUCGAUGAGAACAAUUUUAGAAGUCUUCUGCUCUCUAUUUUGAAACUUGAAACAAACAAGUUGACUAAAGAAUGGGAAAGACUUAGAAGAUUCAACAAAAUUAAAGCAACUGAAAAUAGCACCAAGAUGAAAACAACGAUUUUAAGAAAUACGAUUAAGAAAAACGAAUAUAUUCAAAACGAUUUAAAUAAUAUAAAAAUGACUACAACUGUCAAAAGUAAUAACGGUUUAUUGAAGAAAUUCGUCAAAAAAUUUGGCCUACAUAAAACCGAAAUCAGCCAGGGUAUAUAG